UGGAGAAGACAUGGAGCAAAAUGCGUAGAAAAGAAUGGAGAUUAUUUUAAUGGAAUGGAGGCGUGGAAGCGGAUGGACUGGAGGAGGAGACGGCAGUUUCUGAAGUCACCGUUGGCCCCUUAGGAGCAAGCAUUGACUUCGGGAGUGCGAGACGUAAAGGAUGAAGAUCCUGUUGACCGGCGCCACCGGUUUCCUCGGCGGGAAGCUGUGCGCCGCUCUCCUGGCCGACGGCCACUCCGUCCGCGCCCUCGUGCGCCCCACCAGCGACCUCUCCUCCCUCCCCCGCCCCGCCGCCCACGGCGGCGGCGCCCUCGACCUCGCGUACGGCGACGUCACCGACGCCCGCUCCGUCCUCGACGCCGCCGCCGGCUGCCACGCCAUCUUCCACGCCGCCGCCGUCGUCGAGCCCUGGCUCCCCGAUCCUUCCAAGUUCAUCUCGGUCAACGUGGGAGGCUUGAAGAACGUGCUGCAAGCGGCGAGAGAGACGAAGUCCGUCGAGAAGAUCGUGUACACGUCGUCGUUCUUCGCGCUCGGACCGACGGACGGGCACGUCGCCGACGAGAGUCAGGUCCAUCACGAGCAGUUCUUCUGUACGGAGUACGAGAAAUCGAAGCUCGCCGCAGAUCAUGUCGCCCGGCGAGCGGCAUCUGAGGGGUUGCCAAUAGUGAUGGUUUAUCCAGGAGUCAUUUACGGCCCCGGCAAGGUCACGACUGGCAAUAUCGUUGCACAAAUGUUGAUUGAACGCUUCAGUGGGAGGCUCCCUGGUUACAUGGGUUAUGGUAGUGAUAAGUUUUCUUUUAGUCAUGUCGAAGAUGUUGUGCAAGGGCACAUUGCAGCAAUGCACCGAGGUCAACCUGGUGAAAGAUAUCUACUCACAGGAGAAAACGCUUCAUUCAUGCAUGUUUUUGACAUGGCUGCCGUUAUAACUGGAACGAAGAGGCCAAGUUUUCAUAUCCCGUUAUUGAUGGUUGACAUGUAUGGAUGGGUGUCAGUUUUCUUCUCCAGGAUUACAGGAAAGCUUCCACUUGUUAGCCCUCCGACUGUUCAAGUGUUAAGACAUCAGUGGGCAUAUUCUUGCGACAAGGCCAAAGUUGAGCUUGAUUAUAAGCCCAGAAGCCUGAGAGAAGGGCUUGAAGAGAUGAUUCCUUGGUUGAAGAACUUGGGUCAAAUAAAAUACUGAAAAACACGGGACUUUCGUGAAUAGAAUAAUGAAGCUGCUCUCCAUUGUUGUGGCUGGUUGAGAUGACAGAUACUUGAAGGCUUCUUAUGCAGCCUUCCUGAGUCUACCAUAAUCUUCCUGGUCCAUGUCUUUGCAAGAAAGAGAUGUUUCAUGGAUAGCGAAACUCAGUCUUAAGAAAUACAUCAUGUCCCGGUUAACAGCCACUGAGGUUGAGGUGGGAAAAGAUGGUUCAUUGGCAUGUUAUUCUUGUGAUCUCAUAGCUGAGCCACUGGGGUUCACGCUUCAUGCGGAGGAUGUGCAUUUUCCAGCAGCAAGAAGAUGCUUUUCGUAUCAUGUAAGGCUGUGUUUUAGUAUUCUGAUGAUAUGAGACAAUCUUGGACUCUGAUUUCAUCGUAAAGAAUGCUUGUUGUUUAGUUGGAACCAAUGAACUUAGUAUGAGAUGAGAUAGCUACCAUGAGUUCUGUUGAUC